CCGAUAGUCGGUGUAAUAGACACUGCCAAAUUCUGCGAGGUUUCCGAAAAUAAAUAUAAAGAAUUUAUUUAAAAAGUAAAUUAAUUAAAACUAAAGCAUGGCCGCGACAGGAGUUGACUUGGAAUUGAAAAAAGCUUUUCAAGAGUUACAAACUAAGGUUCUGGAAACAACACAGAAAAUGAAAGUAGCAGAUAUACAAGUAGAUGCACUGACCACAUCCAUCAAACAUGCUCAACUGACUCAGAGAGAACUGGAAAAUCUUCCGGAAGACACCAAUAUGUAUAAUGGUGUUGGAAGAAUGUUUCUCUUAACUAGUCAUAAGAAUAUUGAUGAUAUGUUAACAAAAAAGAUUCGUACUUCACAAGACAAGAUCAAAGAAUUAGAGGCAAAUAAAACUUAUCUUGAACGUAACAUGAAAGAAAGUGAGGCUAAUCUUAGAGAACUGGUUGCCAGUAAACAGAAGGACCGAUGAUUCUUCCUAAGUUUUGAAAUGAAUUUGUCUUUGUAAAUUUGCUUUUUCUUCUAACUAUUGGGGCUCAACUUUUUUACACUUCAUUUGUCAUUACAGCAAAGAUACUAUUGACUUAUUGCUUUGUUUCAGUUUGCUACCUAAAACUGUUAAAUGUCUAUUUGAUACCAUCUGGUUGAAUAAUUUAUUAAAAGCAAAAUUUCAUUUUAAAA